GAUCAAAGAGACGCCACCAAAAUCUCGCGAGCUUUCAGACAAAGGACAAAGCUUCUUUAGCAGCGGACUGGGUCGGUCGCUUCGACACCUUUAAAAAUAUUUUAUUCAUUUAAUUCUCAGAUUAAUUAUUUCAUUAUUACUGAUUGACAAUGGAGAAGAAAGAUGGUGAUACCUCUCGACGCUCCGGGCCAACACCACCUUCUGAGGGUCCUCCUGCAACCAAAUAUUCUCGUUUGCAACCUGCUGGGACCUCUGAUCAACGUCAACCAGGUCCAUCUCAUCCCGCUCCUAAAACGGGCAGUAACACUGACGCACCAUCAAUAACUGCCGGACGAGGAGCAUCACGAGCUCGCAAGUUAAUGAAUGCGGAUCUUCUUAAUUCAAGGCCUGUUCAUGUUCAAGCUUCAAAAAAAGGAACCGGUGGCAAUGCAGUUAAACUUCAAGCCAACUUUUUCAAGAUUCUCAGUGCACCCGAUUGGUGCUUGUUACAGUACCGAGUUGAUUUUGCUCCUGAAGAAGACAGAACUAUUGUUCGAAAGGGCCUAUUACGUCUUCACAAAGAAAAAUUAGGGAUCUACAUGUUUGAUGGCAGUGCUAUGUAUUCUUGCAACCGUUAUUCGAAUGUUUCUAAAACACAGGCAAUGGAAUUAUUUUCAGAACGGAAUUCUGAUAACGCUAAAAUCAAAAUCAGUAUCCGUUUGGUUGGAGAUCUGACCAGAGGCGAUCCGCAUUAUCCUCAAUUUUUCAACAUAAUCGCCCGCAAAGGAUUAGAGCAUCUUCGACUUCAACUAGUUGGACGUAAUUAUUUCGAUGCUCAAGCAAAGGUCGAGAUUCCUGAGUACAGAUUUGAAUUGUGGCCUGGUUAUCAAACAUCAAUUCGUCAACAUGAACGUGAUGUCUUGAUGGGAGUUGAAAUAACUCACAAAGUUAUGCGUCAGGAAACUUUACUAGACAUUUUAGGAAGAACUCAAAAUACUGCUCGUGGAGGUGACAUUCAAGGAGCCUGCAAAGCAGAAGUCAUUGGUAUAACAGUAUUAACUGCUUACAACAAUAAUACAUACCGCAUUGAUGACAUUGACUUCAGCAAAAACCCUAUGUCAACAUUCAGAUUGAAAAAAAAUGAAACACAAAUCACUUUCAUGGAUUAUUAUCAUAACCAAUAUGGUAUAAGAAUAAAUAAUAGAACACAACCGCUUCUUGUUGCUCGCUUACCUAUGCGAGACCGCCGUGCUGGAAAAGAUGAGUUACUUUAUCUAAUUCCUGAACUUUGUAAAGCGACAGGAUUAACCGAUGAAAUGAGAACUGACUAUAAAUUGAUGGCAAAGUUAGCAACUUACACUCGUCUUACUCCUGAAAGACGUAUCGAUAGACUGCUGCAUUUUAACAAACGACUCCAAAGUGACGCAAAAGUAGUUGAAGAAUUCAGUCAAUGGAACUUGAAGCUGGAUACUAAUGUCGUAGAAAUUCCAGCUCGUGUAAUCACACCUGAAAAUCUUGUAUUCGGAAACAUGAAGCAAUCUGCUACUCAAACCGCUGACUGGACAAGACAUUUCCGCAGUGCGCGGCUAAUAGUUUGCACCAAAUUAACUGAUUGGAUUCUUAUCGUACCAGAGCGAAUUAGACGUGAUGCACAUUCAUUCAUCAGUAACGUCGUAAAAGUUGGCCAAGGAAUGUCAUUCGUGAUAAGUCAACCUCAAAUUCGUGAGAUUCGCAAUGACUCGGCUCAGUCUUACGCCGAAGAAUUGGAGCGCGUACUGAGUCACAAUGUUCCACAACUCGUUUGCUGUAUUUCCGCGCGAUCACGUGCUGAUGUCUAUGCAGCAGUUAAAAAGAAGUGCUGUCUUGAUCGUCCCGUCCCAAGUCAAGUUGUUCUUUCGAAAAAUUUGGCGUCUAAAGGCGCUAUGUCAAUUGCGACCAAAAUAGCAAUACAAAUGAAUUGCAAAAUUGGUGGCGCGCCUUGGAGUAUUGAUUUUGGAAUGGGAGGACUAAUGGUGGUUGGAUUCGAUGUCUGUCACGAUCCUAAUCAGCGUGGAACUGAUUUUGGUGCUAUGGUUGCAUCACUUGAUCGAGGAAUGACCAGAUACUUUUCAGCAGUCAGCUCUCAUCGGAGCAAUGAAGAAUUGACUAACGAGUUUAGCAUCAACAUGGUCAAGGCGUUGCGUAAAUACUCUCAAAUGAACGGAGGAACAUUCCCGACGCGGAUUGUCGUCUACCGUGAUGGUGUCGGCGAUGGACAGAUUCCCUACGUGUUGGAACAUGAAGUUGAGCAUCUGCGUGAAGCACUUGCCAAGCUGUACGGAAAACCUGAUCUGGUAAAACUGGCCUUCAUCAUCGUCACAAAGCGAAUUAACACAAGGUUGUUCUACAAUCGUCGUGAAAAUCCACCUCCUGGGACCGUCGUCGACGAUGUUAUCACCAAUCCAUGGAGGUACGAUUUCUUCAUUGUAUCUCAGUGUGUUAAACAAGGAUCUGUUUCACCCACUGCAUACAACGUUAUUUUUGAUAAUGCGGGGUUGAAUGUCACGAGUAUCCAGAGACUGACAUUCCAGUUGACUCACAUGUACUUCAACUGGAGCGGAACUGUGAGAGUUCCAGCACCUUGUCAGUACGCUCACAAAUUAGCUUUCUUGGUGGCUCAAAGUAUUCACCGACCACCAAGCAGUCACUUGGAAAGUCUCUUGUAUUUCCUUUAAAUACUUUUUUUUGUCAUAAUUUGAGA